GAGUCGUUACUUCGAAGUGAACGUUGUUUGGGAAACUGUGGAAAUAGCUAAUUCGAAAGACGAAUUUUUUCGAGAGAUCCUGAUAGAUUCGGAUCAAGAAUGGCAUUAAGAAAUCGGAUUGCGAUCUCGACUACUGUAAAUCAGGAAAAUGUAAAAAAUAUUAAAUCUUCAAUUGCUGCGGUGCCAGGAAAGACUAAGAGAGCUGCUUUAGGUGAAAUAGGCAACAAAGUGAAUCCGCUCAGAGGUGUAGAACCCAUUGACAGGACUAGUUUAUUACAGAAAGACAAGAAAAAACUGAUAAUUCCGACCAAACAGACUUUCAAACCAGUGGAAAAAGGGUUGGAAAAACCCCAGAUACAAAUUGUGAAACCUGUACUAAAAACUACAAUAUCUCAGGACAACAAUAUUGUCCCAGUUCCUCUGAAGAAAGAGGUAGAGUCUUUCUCCUCUGACCUUUUGGCAGUUGAGAAUAUUGAUGAAGAAGAUUAUGGAAAUCCUAGUCUAGUUUCUAUCUAUAGCAAUGAAAUAUACGAGUACCUAAGAACUCUAGAAACAAAGUUUCCCAUUACAAAAGGAUAUCUAGGAGGCCAAGAAGUUACACCUAAAAUGAGGAGUGUACUCAUUGAUUGGCUAGUUGAUGUUCAUCAACAGUUUCAUUUAAUGCAAGAAACAUUGUAUCUGACUGUGGCUAUUAUCGACAGAUUUUUACAGGCCUUUCGUUCAAUAGAUAGAAAAAGGUUACAGUUGGUUGGUGUGACUGCUAUGUUCAUUGCUAGCAAAUAUGAGGAAAUGUAUUCUCCAGAUAUAAGUGAUUUUGUAUAUAUCACAGAUAAUGCAUACUCAAAGGUAGAAAUAUUACAAAUGGAAAUGCUUAUUGUAAGAAUUCUAGAUUAUUCCUUUGGUCGACCAUUGCCAUUGCAUUUCCUUAGAAGGUACAGCAAAGCUGGAAAGGCUCAGUCCAUACACCAUACAAUGGCCAAAUAUUUCUUAGAACAGAGUCUGAUGCAUUAUGAAAUGUGUCACUAUUCCCCUAGCCUUCUUGCAGCUGCAGCAAUAUAUUUAGCAUUUGUCAUUAUGGGUAGCGAUGACAAGGACAAGGAAAAAUUUGUCUGGACAAAUACCCUAGCGCAUUAUAGCACUUAUACUAAAAAUGACGUGUUACCUGUGGUACAGGAAAUAGCUAGUAUUAUAGUUAAUGCCGAUAAAAGCAAGUAUCAAGCAGUUAGGAAAAAGUACGCUCAAUCGAAGUAUAUGAAGAUCAGUACUCGCCCUGAAUUUCGAGCGCCAACUAUAGUCGCCAUAGCUGCAGCCGACAAAGAUGCAGUAUAGUAUUUGUUUAAAAAUGGUAACCACAGUGACAUUUGUUUGUUCAAUAUUGGCGUUGAACAAAUUAAAUUGCAGCAUGAGUAGAGUGAACUGUUUUUGGAAAGAGAAACACAAAAGAAGGAAAGAAAGAAAGAGAGAGAGAGAGAGAGAGAGAGAGAGAGAGAGAGAGAGACACGAGACUAUCUUCAUUCAUACUCUAACCUACAUGAAAAAAAAAACUUAUUAAAAUUAGCAUGUAACUGAGGACUUCAAAAAUUCUGUUAGUUACCUCUUUAACAUUAUACUUAUUUCUGAAAACGACUUCUACUCCAAAAUUAAUUGGAGUAAAUGAAUGCAAAUAAAGUGAAUAAUGUUCCCUUAUCAUGUGUAGACAAAAAUUCACCAGAAAAUCACCAGUUUGAUCUAUACUU